GAUUGCGAUAAUCCGUUGCAAUUAAAUUUUUUCUUUGUUAGAAAAGCUCUGGGAAGUAAACGUUCACUUCAGUGGCAAAAAAAUGCCGUACGUUGAUUUAAAUUCGAUAAUUAGUAAUUUAAUUUCUUUUGAUCGAUUAAAUUUAUCGCCGGUAAUCGAUCGCAAGUUUAAAAAAAAACGUUUCGUGCCAAAUAUACUAAAAAAACAGGGACGUAGUGAAGUUGUAAAGCAGGACAAAGUGUUCGGUAAAAUUUCCCCAAAAGUAAAUCGCAGGAAGCAGAAUUUCUUCAGAAGAAUUGACCAAGUGAUCGGCCAGAAAAUGAAUGAAAAUAUCGAGGAAGGUUUGGACCAGUCUCCAAUGUGGUAUGUAGGAGAUACUGAUGAUUAUUUACAAGUCCAGCGUAUUGAGAUUGUUGAUGAAUUUAAUUUUAAUUCGCCUGAAAAAAUUACUGAUGUUGCUCUUGACGAAUGUGACGACCGCGGGUUUUUUGAAUUUAAAAAUCUCACUUUCGUUGAUGAUAUCGUCGUCAGCGGGCUCGAGUUCGAUGAUAAUUUUCAAGUAGACAAUAAUUUUUUUAUCACCGAAAGUUCUGGUCGUGAAAACAAAGAUUUUUACAUCGACACGAGCGAAUUCGAGUUUGAUUUUAUUGACAGCGUGGAAGCAAGCGUAAAAAAUGAAUUUAUGGUCCUCGAAUUUGAUACCGAGAUGCUGGAGAAUAAAACUGAUGGGUCUAUUGAUCCAGAUCCUAGUAAGUUUGAGUACCAAGUGAUUGAUAAUUUCGAAGAGUAUAAAAAAGUGUUGAAAUCUUCAAACAUUAGUGAUUUUAAAGCCGAAGUUUUAUUGGAUCCUUUAAAAAUCAGUGAUAAAGUUGAUGGUGAAUUAAAGGAGUGUCAGUGUUCACUCUGCAGAACUAAGCCUUUGAAGUUGACACGUCACCUGAAGCAGAGAGAAAAAAAAACGAGUUCAUUACAAGAUUUAUCUUCAGUUUUAACAUGUGCGUUUUGUAAAAAAAUAUUUAAUCGUAAGACUUCGCGCAAUAGACAUGCGGCUAAUUGUAGAGCUAGAAAAAAUUCCAAUGAGCAAUAGAAGUUGUUAAAUUUUUAAGGUAUUAAUUUUUAUAAUAUUUUAUUUAUAUUUUAUAUCUAUGAAUUUUAAGUUUUUAAAUAUUUUAUUUAUAUUUUUAAAUAAUUAAAUUGUUAUAUAUUAUAUUAGAAUUGACUUUUAUAUAAAUAAAUUGUAAUGAAUUUUAAAUUUAAAUGGAAGAU